AUGAGUGCAUUAAAACGUUUAUGUCUGCUGUUGAUCACUGUAUUUACAAUUACAGUCACAUUAGUCCAAUGCGAUGGCGAUUUGCUCAGGGUGAAACUCCACAAAAUCGACAGUGUGCGUAAUCAGCUCAGAGGGAGGAAUUCCAAUUUUCUCGGCUUUGUUCAACGUCGAUACGAUCCUCUCAAUGCCGAACCAUUGUCCAACUAUUUAGACGCUCAAUACUAUGGACCGAUUACUAUCGGUACUCCCCCUCAACCCUUCAACGUGGUAUUUGACACGGGUUCGUCAAAUCUGUGGGUGCCAUCAAAACAAUGUAGUGUUUUGAACAUAGCAUGCAUGUUACAUAACAAAUAUAAUAUGGCAACAUCGACUACAUAUCAAAAGAAUGGAACCGAGUUUUCGAUUCAUUACGGUUCAGGAAGUUUAUCAGGCUACUUGUCUACUGAUGUCAUGUCUAUGGAUGGAACGUCAAUUGUUAAUCAAACUUUUGCUGAAGCAAUCCAAGAACCAGGAUUUGCUUUUGUUGCUGCCAAAUUUGAUGGAAUACUUGGUUUAGGAUACAACACAAUUGCUGUUGAUGGAGUCGUUCCUCCGUUCUACAAUAUGGUUAAUCAGGGCAUUAUUAAAAGUGCCAUAUUCUCAUUUUAUUUGAACAGAGAUCCGUCCAGCACUCCAGGUGGUGAAAUUAUAUUUGGUGGAUCCGACCCUGAAAAGUAUACUGGACCCUUUACCUAUGUUCCUGUUACCAGACAUGGUUAUUGGCAGUUUGGUCUAGAUGAAGUUAUUGUUGGCAAUACAUCAAUUGUGAGUGGAGCCCUUCAAGCAAUUGCUGAUACUGGCACCAGUUUGAUUGCUGGACCCGUUGACAAUAUUAAACAAAUUAAUGAGCUUCUUGGUGGAACUGCCAUACCAGGAGGAGAAUAUAUUAUUUCAUGUGAUCAAAUUGAUAAUUUACCUGUGUUAUCAUUUGUAAUUGGUAGCACAACAUUUAAGCUUGAAGGAAAAGACUACAUACUGAAGGUGUCUCAAUUCGGAAAAACCAUUUGCCUAUCUGGUUUUAUGGGUAUUGAUAUUCCUCCUCCUAAUGGUCCAUUGUGGAUAUUGGGAGAUGUCUUCAUCGGUCGCUAUUACACCGAAUUUGAUCUAGAAAACAACAGAGUUGGUUUUGCCAAUUGUAAAUAA